ACUGGAAAGCCAAUCACUUUCAAGUUCGGUUGCUAGCCCGGAACAUGUACAAUAGCGACAUAACAAAUGAUCAUGGCUUCCACUUUCCGUGAUUCAAAAUAAUGCCCGGAGAACGUUAGGAAACACUUUAAACCUAUACCAUAACACGUGGAUAGUAUUGAAGAAUGACUGAAAAUGAAGCUCCUGGAGAAAAUAGCGAUAUUGAAAGUGAAAUUAGCGAUCACGGGGAGAGCGAAGUCGAGGGAGAAGGUGUAGACGAUUUUGAAUCAACAGUUCCUUCGGUCACUGAACAAAUACCGCAAACUCCAAGCUCCCUCAAGAAGACAAAGCCAAAAAAGAAGAAGAAAAAAUGGCUGAGUGUGUGUUUAACGAAUUGCAAGUACGAUUCGGUUCGCAGAGUCACGAAAAGGUUUGGAAUGAAAGAAGUUGGGGAAGAGGACGACUGGUCGUUGUUUUGGAUCGAUUGCUCUGUGGCCUUGGAACGAUGCAUGGAAAUGAAACGCUACCAAAAAAUCAACCACUUCCCUGGUAUGAGUGAGAUUUGUAGAAAGGAUCUUCUUGCAAGGAACAUGAAUCGUUUGUGGAAACAGUUUCCAAACGAUUAUGCUGUCUUCCCAAAAACAUGGGUGUUGCCCGCUGAUUAUGGUGACUUUCAAUCUUAUUGUCGACAAAAGAAGAACAAGACGUUUAUUACAAAGCCUGAAAGUGGCAGCCAGGGGAAAGGGAUUGUCAUCACAAAAAAUCCAAAGGAUAUCAAGCCUGGGGAGCAUCUGGUUUGUCAGCAGUAUGUGUCCAAACCAUUUCUGAUUGACGGCUUCAAGUUUGACCUUAGGAUCUAUGUUCUAGUCACUUCUUGUGACCCUCUGCGUGUAUUUGUCUAUGAAGACGGCUUGGCUAGAUUUGCCACAUCGAAGUACACAGAACCACAGAAUAACAACCUGGAUGACAUCUGUAUGCACCUUACCAACUACUCUAUUAACAAGCACAGCAAAGACUUUAUACGAGAUGAGGAAAUUGGAAGCAAAAGAAGAAUAACCACCAUCAACAACUGGUUUGUUGAGAAUGGAUACGACCUGAAAGAAAUUUGGGAUGGAAUUGAGGACUGUAUCAUCAAGACUUUGGUUACUGCUCAUCCUAUCCUCAAGCAUAAUUACCGGACCUGUUUUCCAAAUCAUAACAAGGGGAGUGCCUGCUUUGAGAUCCUCGGCUUUGAUGUUUUGCUGGACAAGAAGUUGAAGCCAUGGGUCAUUGAGGUAAACCACUCACCAAGUUUCACGACUGAUUCCCCGCUGGACAAGGAGAUCAAGGAAGGUCUCAUGUCCGAUGCACUCGCCUUGCUGAACUUUGGGGCUUGCGAUAGGCGGAAGAUCAUCGAAGAAGACAAGCGGCGAGUGAGAGAGAGACUUUUACAGAAACAGCGCCCAAAGGAGCCCAAACGGGAUGACUGCGAAAAUCAACAGCAGUAUAACGAGUGGAUUACCAAGUACGAGGACAAAAACCUCGGCAAAUACAGACGGAUCUACCCCCAAGGUAAUGAGGAGAAGUAUGCGAGGUUCUUUGAGAACAGUUGCUCGCUCUUCCAGGAGACGGCGGCUUCUAAAGCGAGGAUAGAGUGCGCGAGGGUACAACGCGAGCAGAUCCAAGCAAAGCAGCAGGAGGUAGAUGCUGCGCGCCAAAAGAAUGCUGGGAAGGCAGCAAAACGAGACGGAAUGAGACCCGAGAGCCCGCACGGCGGCCGUCGCUCCACUCGAAGAAUGUUGCCAAGAAGACCAUAUGGCAACAAAGACAAGAACGAGGAUGCAAGGAUGAAUGGAUCCACCGAUGCCCUAGAUACCAGUAGGCCGCUGGAAAUCAUGGAAGAGGAGGAACUGGAGCGAAUUACGUCAAUACUCCAGCGCGAUAAUCUAAUAAGAGGACUAGGGAUAAUAGAGUUCGUACACAGGCUUUUGCACUGCACCCCGGGCACAGGGGGCCCGCAGAAAAGCUGUGCUCUACACGAUAGGAACUCGAGAGACGAUCCGCGCUCGUUUAACUCACAUGACCACCUUCCCACAAGUCUAGCGGACAAAGUCAUAUCUAAUCUUCAUCACUCAGGCGGCGUAGCCACUUCCGGCGCCGCCAGCAUCAACUGCGUCACUUCCGGCAUGGGAAGGUUGAACCCGUUCCAGCAAUCAACACAAUCAAUGUCCAAUGUAGUAAAUCUAAAUUCCAUGAAUCAACAAGGACCACCUUCUUUGACAAGAACAGAUAGACGUGCGCUAGCUUCUGUAGGAAUAGUCCCAGUUGCCCCUGCUGGGAAUAACAUAGGUAUCCCACGACAUAGAUAUGGGUCACGGAAAAUCGUCCAGAAACCGAGUGGGGUCAUGGACGAGUGGCGAACACCAGAAGACGUUCGGUUUAACCCGACGUACGAACUUGCGAACUCGAAGUUUAAACGAAGGACGUUUAGUGCGACGGGAUUAAAAAUGCUUCAAGACCCUGUGAAUUCCGGCCGUGUGAACCCUCGUGUGGCCGCGUCUGCAUACCCUGGUUCACAAACGAACAUGUCCAGUCCAGGCGGGGUGACGCCCUACUCGACCACUCAGCAGUACAUGUGCUCUGUCUAUCCUUUUCCUAAUGUCAUGAAAGUGACGCCACCACCAAACUCUUUAGAGUUAUCAGUUAUAUCCGGUCCGGCUCCUGUGAGUUACCGGUCCGACCCGAAUAUACAAAGUAAUAUGGGACCUACGGCCGCGCAGGAUGAUGGGAUACCGCAAGGACGACCUCCCCCUUCAGGACAAGCGAGAUCCACAAAGGCUCAGCGCGCACGAGGAGCUACCAACACGAUGCGACUGAAGCAGCUCGAGCUCCGAGAAAACCACGCCGUUGCCCUCAGCUAAUCGAUAACUACUCGAGAGUUACUCAAAUCCUUCCGGCACGUCUGUCGACUGCACAUCGCAGAACGUGGUCUUUUUUUAGCAAUAGAUAGCAGCAAAUGUUUACAAUUCUAAUGAUAGCAAAUAAUGAUAGUAAAUAAUAUUGUAUUCAAAUUUGUAAUCUAAAAACCAAAGGUGUAUUUAAUAAUUUCUUCUAGAAAUGUUUAAAAUGCUAUGCGUUUUAAUGUGAGCCAAAAACCAUUAACAAAUAAACGCAAUGUUUUGUAUUUA